AUGCAGGACGAGCUGCGCAUUGCGCAAUCAGUGGCAGGGACGCUCGCGCUGCCGGCGGGUCGCGGGGCGGCCUCACGAGUUCAGCGCGCUUGGAGACUGUGCGGCCUGCCGGGCCCCGUAUGGCACGAGAUGGCCGCCCAGGCAGAUCUCGUCGACCCCUAUGCAAACGGCUUCCUUGACACCGUCUCUCUGAGCGACCUCGUGGCUCAGUCCUCGCAGGAUGUCUCCUCCAUGCUGGUGCGAGUACUGGACGAGGUCAACAGCGCCGAGGACACGGAAACGGCGCAGCGCCUCGUGCUGCGUUUCGUGCACACUGCGCGGCAGUCGCUCAUGCGCGUCAUGGCCGCCGUGAAGUGGAGCAACAAGGCUCAAGUCGUCCACAUGACCCAGGACGCGACCGACGUCGCCCUGCGGCACACGAUGGGCGUCCACAGAGCCGCGGAGUCCCUCAAGAUGCUCCACGGCGAGGCACGCAUGCGCUCAGAUGCACCGUUCCCUGCAUCCCUCAUGCUCGACACCCUUCAGGGGCGCGACCCGACCAUGCCCGCGCGGGCCGUCGCGCCGGAACCGACUUCCCAGGAGGCGAUCCAGCUCUCGUCCGACGCGACCGCGCGCCUGCGAGUCCUGACCCUGGCCAAGCUGCGUCAGGAGCCUCGCCCUGACGGUGCGGCGGUGACGUAUGUCGACAGCCCGCAGCCCCGCGCCGUGCUGCACGCGCCGGGGCUGUACCGCGCGACGCUCAUGCUCGCGCCGAUCCGGAUCACCGCGUCGACGCGCCAGGCGACGCUGGACGCGCUCGGGUGCGGCGACGCCGUGAAGGAGUGUGCUGAGUCAGGGCAGCGGGGUCCAGGGGGGGAGUCAGGUGCGAGAGCCGCUGGGGAUGCGGAGGAGGACUUCAGCGACACGUGGCGCUGGGCUGUGGAGGACGUGGCGGGCCUGCCGGGGUCGGCGAGCGGCAGCCCGUUACACAGCAUGCAGAUCGGCGGCCUGAAGCGCCUGCUUCAAGGCAUUCUCGACAACGCCGAGGUCGUCCGCGAGUGCGACGCGCAGACCGCGCUGUUGCGUACGCCGCAUCCUGCGAGCAUGGACGACCGUGCGAGCAACCCUGCGACCUCGAUGUCGGCCGGGUCGAUGGAGGAACAGUGGGGACAGGCCGACUGGGCCGGCGCCACGCGCACGGCGCGGGAAGCGCUGGCCGCAGGCCCGCUUGUUGCUGUCGGGCGCGCCCUGGCCCAGGCCGCGGCGUGGCUGCAGUGCAUCCUCGCGGCGCGCGCGGCGCGGGACAUGACGGUGGAGGAGGGGCCGUGGCAGGGACACGCGAGGGUGGUGCGGGGCGAGGCGGCGGCGGAGGCGGGGCUGGCGGCCACCUUUGCAGUACAGUACUGGCGCCAGGCGCCGCGCGGGAUCGUCGCUGCCGUGGGCGAGCCGGCCGUCGCGAUCGGCGUCGACGCUGCGGGCGCACUGGUGAUCCGGCACCACCCUGAGAUCCCCGAGGGGGGUUUUGAGGGGGGGUGUCCGCGUUUGGACCCCGAGACGGUGGACGUCGCGGGGAUGCUGGAUGAGUGCGUGACGGCCAUGGCGGGCGCGCUCCUGCGGGCGCUCGCGGCGGCGGUGCACGACGCUGCGGCGAAGUUGGUGGCGAAGGAUGCGCGAGCGCAUGCAGUGACGGCGCACGUGCUUGGCGCGGCAGCGAACACGCGCGCGUCGGACGUCGUGCAGCUCGAGGUAGCCGUGGACGGCGUGCCGGCGGUCGUGGUGAGUGUGGACCGCAGGACGGGCACGCCGGCGCUGUCGGCACGGGGGGGUGUAUUGCAGGGCCGGCCCGACCGGACGACCGCGGCCGCGACGGUGCAGGACGCCGCCGCUGAGGUCCAGUCGGCGGCGCUGGAGGGCGGGAAGGCAGCCCUGGCGGAGAUCGCGGGCGCGGCGGUGCGUGCAGCUCUGUGGCUGACGCGGCCGUCGGUGGCGGCAGGUGUCGAGGCGGCGGGGCGGGCGCUCGGAAUGCACGUGACUCCAGGCGGCGCGAGCGUGUCGGCCAGCGGGGACGCGACGGUCGUGCUCGGGCUCUGGCACGAGACGCUGCAACGUCGGGGGGGACUCCCCCGCCUGACAGUCGUCGCAAAGGGCACGGCCACGCGCGCGCCGGGGGCGCCGUUGCUGACGUCCGUCGUCGCACGCAUCGCGCCGCCGACGGGCGCGGCCGUCCCAGUGCUGUCGUGGGACGUCACCAGCCCGGACAUCCCCACAGGGAAGGGGGGGAGUCCAGCGCUCACGUCAGACCUCCCGCCCGACGUAGCGCAGCUGGGCGUCACGGAGCACGACUGGGCCGUGCUGCAGCGCGCAGCGAUCCAGGCCCGCGAGGUGUUCCGAAGGCAGGCGCUUCUACUCUCUCUCCUGGCCGCCGGCGCACCCUGUGUCAGUCAGACAGACGGUAUCUUCCUGGGCAGCGCGCCCGCAGCCGGCGAGGCCGACGCGCGCAUCGUCGUGCAGCGCUCGCUGUCCGAGGCCGACGCGACGUGGCGCGCGCGCGCGCCCGCGGCGCUGUUUGCGGCGCAGGCAUCCUGGGACUUGAGCACCCUUCAACACUCCCCCCUCGUCGGCCAACUCUCGGUCGCGAACGGCCGCGUCGCGCUGCGCUACGAUCUCGUCGACGGGCAGGACGGCGGCACGCUCCUGCGCGACCUGCGGUGCCUCGCGGUCGCGGAGCGGGUGCGCGACCGACUCAGUCUGUCUCUGGAGCGGGUUCCGAGCUUGCAGGCCGGCGCGCUGGGCGCGCACCGCCCACACGCCCCACGCCUCGAUACGUCGGUGCCCGGCGUGGUCGGCGUCCUGCUGGGGGGGGUCAAGCCGGAAGACCACCGCCCUGUGUUGCGUGUGGACUUCCGGGACCCGUCUGCGGCGUCAGGGGGGGAGUUCAGCCUCAAGGACGCCGGAGGCGUGGUGCCCGAGCUCGUCGUGCCCGGCUUCGACGUCGGAUCGGCGUUCACGGCGCACAGGGAGAUGCUGCGGCGCGACCGCGACGCUGCCGUGCUGGAGGCGCUCGUAGCGACGGCGCCGAGCCUCGCGGCGAUGUUUGCGGCGCACGUCGACGCCGGGGCGCUGGCAGGGUUCUUCAGCGCGUCCUCCACGCUGCUCGUGCGGGGCACGUUGAGCCCGUAUCGAUACCUGCUGGCGCACAACUAUAACAAGCUUGAGAUUGGAGGGGGAGUCAAACGUGCCAGGAGGCGCGCGGCGAGGAGUGGCAGCGACGGCCCCGUGGCGGUCCUGGAGCUGUCGGUGCGCGAGCUCGGGGCGACGGUGUGGCUUUCAGAGCAAGUUGCGGUACAGGUGUGGCCAUCGUCGCCAGGGCUGGAAAAGACGCCUGCUGGUGGGCACGGAGCCAAGGACGGGGAGCGGGGUCCGACGAAGCGCGGGGGGGUGGCGAGAGCGGCCGCGGAGGACUUCGUCGCCGCGUUCGUCGCGCAGCACACGGCCGCGGGCACCCAGACGGCGGCCAGGGUGGCCUGCCCUCGCCGCGGGCUCGGUGUGGCAAUGGUGCCCUCCCUGCUGCCUGCAGCUCUGUCCACGCUGCGCAGGCUCCUCGCGCCGACGAUCAUCGGCGCGCCCGGCGAGCGCAUCAUGGAGACCCUCGACUGA